UAUGCACAGGUGGCGUAUUGUCAUACAUGGAGCUAUUGAUGGCUUCAGCAGACUGGUGGUCUACCUGCAAGCUUCUGCCAACAAUCGUGCAGACACUGUUUACAAACACUUCUGGCAGGCAACACAGAAAUAUGGCAUCCCGUCACGAGAACGUAGUGACAAGGGAGGGGAGAACAGAGACGUUGCUUCCUUUAUGAUUAGUACCAGGGGAAUGAACCGCAGUUCACACAUUGCUGGGAGAAGCGUGCACAAUCAAAGAAUUGAGCGCCUUUGGAGGGAUGUUUACCUCUGUGUAACAGAUCUGUUCCACACACUUUUCAGGAGUUUAGAGAGUGAGGGCAUCCUGUCUCCAGACAAUGACUUGCACAUUUUUGCCCUACACUGGGUGUUUCUUCCCAGACUACAGCAGCACCUUGAUUCUUUUGUUGAAGGGUGGAACAACCAUCCCCUAAGAACAGAGAGGAACCAGUCUCCUCAGCAGUUGUGGCACACAAACAGCAACAGUCCAGCCAGUCCAGAUCCACCACAGGUGGAUGAACUGUAUGGUGUAGACUGGAGGGGCCCACCUGGUGAUCGGGAUUUAGCCCUGGUCAUUCCUGAGGUGCAGCUUUCCAGGGUGCUAUCUCAAGAGGAGUUGAGCAGACUUCCUCAACAGAACAGAACUAAUGAUGACUAUGGAGUUGCUUCUUACAUUCAGGCCCUUGGGUUACUUACUAACUGGUUUGGUUGACCAAUGUCUUCAUGCAUCUCUUAAGACAGAUUUUUCUAUAUGCACACUUACCAGUGGAUUGUUGACAGUUUGUUUGUAUAUUACACAGUUUCUGUCAACAGAAUUUCUCACACACACACGCACGCACGC